CAGUCACUCAUUUACUUCUGGAGUUCUGCGGUCCUCCUUCUUGUUAUCCAUUGCUCUUCUCACGUAAUCCAAAGACGGACAUCAUGUGGCCGUCUUCGUCACUCUUUUUAUCAUUUCUUGCCCUACGGCUUGCAGUGGUCAGCGCUCAGGCUCUACAGACCAUUGCCGAUGGCCCUGCUGGAGUUUGUCCUGUGCCAGACGUUACCAGCGUUGUCGUUGUACAGCCAGCCUACUACAGCUCCUUUUUCGAAUCUGCGUCGCAAAUCAACAACAUAUAUGGAAUGGGAAAUACGGUCAUGAUUGACAAUGGUCCCACAACAUACAUUGAGCAGACUUAUAUCACGACCACCAUAGUCUCAACCGUUACGACGACCAUGGCGAGCUCUGCAACCUCCACUAGCCCAUCCAACCCCAUCUCCACUGGUCCUAUCACGCCGGUGUCUUCGACAACUUCAAUGCCAGCUUCGGCAAGUAGCACAACCAGUGCCGCAGUCAUAGGCGAAAGGUUGGGUGCAGGCGUGCCAAGUGGAGUGGUGACCACUAUUCCCGCCAGCUCACCUGUGCUCAUGGCCGCUGCGGGAGGUGUUCAGGCAACAGGUGCAAAGGUCAAGAGACAAGACGACGGGUCAGCGCCCACAGCAGCGUCAUGCCCGUCUUCCGCCGCGCCAACAGCGGCUGCACUCCUCUCAUCAGACGACGACACAGACGCCAGUGGAGGCGCUACUGACAAUUGCGGAUACGCGACACGAUUCUACAUGAAUAAUGGUAUGCUGCUUAGCGUCGGGACGAACAACUCCAUUGGGCGAAAUUUCAGUGAUACCUACGCUGUGAUGACACCCACGCCGUACUACAACGAUGUCAACACUACUUUCUACUUCAACAAUGGUAUUCUCGGCUGGAAUACCACAGAUCGAGGCCCGGCGACAUUUUACCAAUGCGGCGAUGGAUCCGUCUACGCUGGUUUCCCUGACCCUCCUUCAACCGACUGUAACUCCAUCGUGCUUGGAGGUAUCGGAGCUUCAGCCUGUCCAGUGGACUAUACUCCAGACGGAUUAAGCAGCACCACAUCCAGUUCCUCUAUGUCUCCUUCUUCGACUGACACAACGUCAGUGUCGACGUCCCCAACCACAGUCGUAUCAUCCGCGAAUUCUCCAGUCACCACAGCAAUGACAACAACGUCCUCUGGAAGCAAAACUACCCCUGCAUCGUCCACGCCCGGAACGAGCAGUGGACCUGCUGGUGGAUCAAGCACUACGCCAGUGGUUGGCCCGAGUUCAAGCUCACUAUCAAGCACGACUCAGAGUAUUGUGAGCUCCGUCUCAAGUACUUCAGCAGGUACAGUGUCUUCCUCUCCUUCUUCGUCAGCUCCUGUUGUUUCCACAAGCACUUCGUCUCCGACUCCAUCUACAUCGGCUGGCUCUAUGGCCACGUCGUCUAGUACGGCGCCACAGUCAUCUACCAGUGGUACCACAGGGACAACAUCAACACAGUCCUCGUCACAGUCAUCUCCGGUCACAACGUCCGGUACAUCGUCAACGACUGCUAUGACUACAACUUCUGGUAUGUCUUCUGUUGUUACAAGUUCUUCCAAUACACUCCCUUCCACUUUCAUGAGCACAACUGUUAGUACUUCCACGAGUACGACAUCUAGUGGCUUCAAUAAUAUGACCACUACUAUUUCUUCGAGUAUCACCUCGAGUACGUCCACAAACAAUUCUACGAGUAUCGCUUCAAGUACUUCCAGCGAUACAUCCACGAGUUCGUCCAUGAAUACCUUCACGAGUGCUUCUACGAACACUCCUACAACUAUCUUCACGAGUACAUCGACAAACGCUACUACGGGCACCAUUACGGGCACUACUACAGGCACUUUCUCCACCUUAUUUACUACUACAACGCCUUUCGGCUUCACAGUCAGCUCGACUACCACUAGUGCUACUACUAGCACACAAACCUACGGUACGAUGGCAUCCCGUGACGACGUUGGCAUCGUUGAGACGCAUGAAAGAUUGCAGACAGUGUUCUUGACAUUCAUUGUUGCUUCUCGGUAGUUGAGACUGCCCUUGCUGAUUCGAAUAUGCGCAUUAGGUUCGGCUUCGUCUACAAUGAGCAGCUCGACUGCCACCACUUCAACCUCGACGAGCGGUAAGUUUUCAGCUUUCCUAA